AAAUUUAAAUAUAAAGUUUUGUGGAUUAAAGUGGAUGUAAAAUGGAAUUCAACAAACCGGAACCGUUGAAAUUAACUGGAAAUUUGAUUGAAAAUUUCAAAAUAUUUAAACAGGAAUUCCAAAUAUAUUAUAAUGCAACUGAGUGUUCCUCGAAAAAAGAAGAAACUCAGGCAGCGAUUCUGUUGAACUUAAUUGGAACAGACGGAAUAAAAGUGUAUAAUACACUUAAAAUUAAAUCUGAAACAGUAAGUGAAAUAUUAAAAGCAUUGGAAAAUUAUUGCAUCCCAAGAAAAAAUGAAAUCAUGGAGCAUUAUAAAUUUUUUUCGCGUAAGCAAGGAGCGGAAGAGCCAUUCGACAAUUUUUAUACUGAUUUAAGAAAAUUGAUCAAAACUUGUGGUUUGGAAACUUGUGAAGAUAAAUUGUUACGAACACAAAUUGUGUUAGGAAUACUCAACAAAGACGUCCAGGCUAGUUUGUUGAGAGAGGACCUGUCACUCGAUAAAGUAGUCAAUCACUGCCGGGCAGCGGAACAGAUGGAAAUCAACAGAAAAACAAUACAAGAAGGAAGCACCAGGUCAUUAUUCAACAUUGAAACAAAUCAAAAGGAGUGUCAUGGAACAGUUUCAUAUGGUCAGUCAGCACAGGAAUCAAAUUCAAAAUCAGGUUUUAAAAAUAAUAGUAUGUUGUCUAAAAAAAUUAGUAAUAAGGAAAAUUAUUUUAUUAAUAAUUGUACAAGAUGUGGCAAAAGUCAUAAAAUUAAUAUGUGUCCAGCAUUUAAAAAAAUAUGUAGUAAUUGUGGUGGUGUAAAUCAUUUUAAAAUUAUGUGUAAAAAGGAUAAAAAAUUUAUUUAUAGUAAAAAACAAGUAAAUAGUUUUGAGAAUGCUAAUAGUGUUGAGAAUUAUGUGUCGUUAGAUGCUCUUGAAAUCAUGUGUUCAGAAGAAGUGAAAAAACAAAAUAGAUCUUGGAUUGGAGAAAUUAUAAUUAAUGAUUAUAAAACAAGUAUAAAACUUGAUACAUGUGCUGAAUUAAAUGUAAUGCCUUCUAAAUUGUUUAAUAAAUUAAAAAAUGUAAAUAUUGAUAAUAGUAAUGUUGUAAUCAAAUCAUUUGGAGGUUAUUUAACAAAAUCGAAUGGUAAAGUCUUAGUUGAAUUAAAAAAUGGAUAUUAUAAGUGUAAUAGAGUAUUUGAAAUUGUAAAUUAUGAGGGAUUACCAUUAUUAAGUUAUGAAGCAUGUAUAGCUUUAAAUUAUAUUAAAAAAGAUGUGAAUGAGAUUGAAACUAUUAUAAGGGAUAAUAUAAAGGAAAAUUUUAUUUCUAAAAAUAAGGAUGUUUUUGAAGGUAUAGGGAAAUUUCCUGAUAAAAUAAAUAUUAAAUUAGUUGAUAGUGUUAUACCCAAAUGUAAUCCACCUAGGAGAGUUCCAAAUAAAUUAAUGGUUAAGUUAAAAGAGCAACUAGAUAGAAUGAUUAAACUAGAUAUUAUUCAAGAAAGCAGUGAACCAAGUGAGUGGCAAAGUAAUUUAGUAAUUAUUGAAAAGCCUGAUAAAUCUCUCAGAUUAUGUUUAGAUCCAAGAGAAAUUAAUAAAUAUGUGGUAAGGGAAAUGUAUCAAAUACCCCUAUUGGAUGAUAUGAGAUCUGUCCUUAGUAAUAAAAGUAUUUAUAGUUUGUUUGAUUUAAAAGAAGGUUUUUAUCAUUGUGAAUUAGAUUCUGAAUCUGUUAAGUUGUGUACUUUUAGUAGUCCUUUUGGAUCAUAUAGUUUUAAGCGUUUACCAUUUGGUUUGUCAAUGGCACCAGAGAUUUUUCAAAAACUAAUGAUGAAAUAUUUUGGUGAUAUUCCAGGAGUAUUAAUAUAUUUUGAUGAUUUAUUAGUGUGUGCUAGUUCUAGAGAGGAACAUGAUAAAAUUAUUUGUAGAGUAUUGGAAAGAGCUCGAAAAUAUAAUAUUAAGUUUAAUUCAAAGAAAUUACAAUAUGCAACUAAUGAAGUUAAAUUUUUAGGAUUUAUUUUUAAUGAAAAGGGAGUAAAACCUGAUAAUGAUAAAAUUCAGUCUAUACAAGAGUUAACAACACCUAUAAAUAAAAAACAACUCCAAUCAUUCUUAGGAAUGAUAAAUUAUUUAAGAGCAUUUUUACCUAAUUUAUCGGAACGAUUAAAACCUUUUAGAGAGCUUCUAAAAAAGAAUGUUUUGUGGAAUUGGAGUGUUGAAUGUGAAAGGGCAUUUUGUGAUUUGAAGGAGAGUCUAUGUAAUGUGACAAUAUUGGCUAAUUUUAAUAACGAUCAAGACCUAGAAAUACAAUGUGAUGCGUCUGAGGGGGCUUUGGGCUGUUGUAUUUUCCAAAACAAGCGGCCUAUAUAUUAUGCAUCGAGAUGUCUGAGUGAAAUUGAGAAAACAUAUGCUCAAAUAGAAAAAGAAAUGCUUGCUAUUUCUUUUGCAUGUACUAAGUUUCAUUCAUUGAUUUAUGGAAGAAAAGUGACUGUGUUUACUGAUCACCAACCUCUUGUUUCAAUUAUGUUAAAAGAACUGAACAAAAUUCCCAAUAAUCGAAUAAGGAGAUUACGAAUGAAAUGUAUGUUGUAUGAUAUUAAGGUGAAAUAUCUCCCAGGUAGAGAAAUGUAUGUAGCUGAUUUGUUAAGCAGGAAUUAUAUUAAAAGAGAUGUAACCGGUGAAACGAUAGUAAAUGAUGUAGUUCAUGCAAUUAGUGAAAUACAAAUUAAUUUUUCAAAUGAUAAGGAGGAUGAGUUUAAGAGAAAUACUGGAAAUGAUGAGGUGUUAAAACAAAUUAUGGAAUUUUGUAAAAAAGGUUGGCUUAAGGUUAAGUGUGAGGGUGAACUCAAACAUUAUUGGAAAUUGAGAAAUGAAAUAUACUUGGAGAAUGGAUUAAUUUAUUAUGGUAGUCGACUAGUUAUUCCUAAGGUUAUGAGACAAUAUAUAAUUAAAAAGCUUCAUGAACCACAUUUUGGUAUAAGUAAAACAAAAGCUAGAGCAAAACAAUUAUUUUACUAUCCAGGUAUAAACAAUGAGAUAGAAAAUUGGAUUAGUGCUUGUCCAGUAUGUUUAAAAUUUAGCUCUAGUAAAACUAAAGAACCUUUAAAAUCACAUUUUAUACCUAAUAUUCCAUUUUAUAAAAUUGCACUAGACAUUGCUGAGUAUAAUAAAAUAAAUUACCUAAUUAUUGAGGAUUACUAUUCUAGAUGGCUAGAGGUUAUUAAAUUAGGUUCUAAAACAAGUGAAUCAGUAGUAAUUAAGUUAAAAGAAGUAUUUAGUAAAUUUGGCAUACCAAAUGAAGUCGUAGCUGAUAAUAUGCCUUUUGGUAGUGUUAACUUUCAUCAGUUUGCUAAAGAGUGGAAUUUUAAAAUUACCAACACAAGUCCACAGCAUGCACAGAGCAAUGGGCUUGCAGAAAAAGGAGUUGGGAUAGCUAAAAAUAUGUUAAAAAAGUGCUUGUAUACAGGUUUGGAUUUUGAAUUGUGUUUACUUAUGUAUAGAAAUACACCCGUUGCUGGUCUAUCUUAUAGCCCCGCCCAACUUUUACAAAGUAGAGAACUUAGGAGUACAUUAAUAGUGAAAGAUAAUAACUUAAAACCAAAUGUUGUAGAAUGUUAUGAUGAAAUGUUAAAAAAUAAACAAAAACAAAAAGAAUGGUAUGAUAAAACUGCUAAAUUUAAUAAUUAUGAGUUUAGGGAAGGACAUCUAGUAUAUGUGCAAGAUAAAUUCAAAAAGGUUUGGGAACCUGGAACUAUAAUUAAAAAACUCAAAUAUCCUAGAAGUUUCUUAAUUAAAUUAUUAACAGGAAGUGUAAUUAGGAGAAAUGUGAAAUGGUUAAAAAGGAGGAGAAAUAUUGAAAUUUAUGAGGAGGAUAAUGAUGGAUUUUCAAAUGCAAGAGAGGAAACUAAUAAUAAACCUAUAGAUAAUAAAGAAAGUAGUGAGGUACAGUUGAAUGAUAAUAAUGUAGUAAAAAAUAAACGAACAAUCAAAAAACCACAAAAGUAUAAUGAUUAUGUAUUUUAAUAAAAUGAUGUGUAUUAUUUUGUACUUGUAUUAUUGUUAAUUUAUUUUUGUUAAUUGAUAGCAAAAUUAAUUUUAAAGUAAUUUCUAUAAAAAAAAAAAAAAAAAAAGAGAUGUUGCAGUGGUAACACUGCUUUUAUAAUGUUUGCAUUGAUAAAUAAAUAAGUUGUUGUUUUAAUUUUAAAAUAAAUAUAAAAUAAAAGUGUGCUUUCUUGUAUUAUAGAAUAAACAUAAUUUCUAUUUAAUUAAAAUUAGUUUUUAUUUACACCUAGAGAUUUAAAGACUAAAAUU